CUUUUCUUUCAGUGAAAUUCCUCUCUGCCUGGAAAUGUUUAUGAUCCUGAUGCUGCAGGGAAAUUCCUGUGCCUUGUGCACCCAGCCUUUAACUCCCAGCCUUUAACACCCAGCAUGCAAUGGGACACUAAUUGCUCUGCACCCCCCCAGCAGCUUUAAAACUCAACAAACCUCACACCCCUGAGCAUGGGCCGCCCCUCACCAGUUAAGACAUGUCUGUGCCGAGCCCAAACUCCACCGCCGAGUGGAUGGAGUUGAAGUUAAACUUGGGCUGAGCAUUUGCUAUUGUUCUGCUGCUGGACUGGGUCUCACUGUGUCUCUGCUCUACUUUCAGGGGCAUCUCUGUGCCACUCUUAAUGGGCAGCUCUUUAUUUAACAGCAUCUGAUGCCCCAGCCCCAUGUGAGAGAGUCCCCUCAGGUUACCCAGACUCUGGGGCACAAUGGCUGGCACUUGCUGAUGGGAAAAAACAUCUCGAUUACUCGAUUGACCUUUUAUGGACUUCUGAUUCUCAAUUGUGCAACAGGUUGGCAGAACCAGUGAGACCCCUGAGGAGCUCUUAGAGAAAGUCCAGUGACCCCUUUUAUUUCAGCCAUGAGGUUCCUCCUACCCGUCUCCGUGUUCCUUGUAAUCGUGGGCAUCCUGUGCCCCACACAGGCCUUGCCCUUCAUCCUCACCCAUCUGAGUACCCGCAAGAGCAGCUGCAAAUCCAUCCCCAGCACAAUGACCCUGUGCCACGGCGUGGGCUACACUGAGAUGCGCCUGCCCAACCUGCUGGGGCACGACACCAUGAAGGAGGUUCUGCAGCAGGCGGGUUCCUGGGUGCCACUCCUUUCUAAACAGUGCCACGCAGACACCAAGAAGUUCCUGUGUUCUCUAUUUGCCCCCGUGUGUUUGAGUGAACUGGAUCAGGCCGUGUACCCCUGCAGAUCCCUCUGUGAGGCAGUGCGGGACGGCUGCACCCCCGUCAUGUCUGCAUUUGGCUUCCCCUGGCCUGAUAUGUUCAACUGCACCCAGUUUCCCCUGGGGAAUGACCUGUGUGUGCCCCCUGCUGGCAGUGAGGAUAAACAGCAAGAGGUUAAAGAAGAGGUGCCCUGCUCUGCCUGCCGUAACCGGGGAGACCCCGACAAGGAUUUCCUUCAGAAUUACUGCUUCUCUGAUUUUGCUCUGAAGAUGAACAUCCGUUCAGUGUCCACCCUGGAAGGAGACAUCAUGGUGGUUCCAGAAGUUAAGAGCAGGACUGUGUAUAAGAGCAAGGGCUGGAGUGAUGAUGAGCUGAAGAAGACAAUUCUCUGGCUGCCGGAUGGAGACAACUGCAUCUGCCAGGACAUUCAUGAGCCGGGCACCACCGUGCUGCUUCUGGGCCACCGGGCAGACGACCGACUGGUCAUCUCAUGGGUCAGAAAGUGGCAGAAGAGUGAAAAGGAAACCAAGAGAUUUUCUAGAACUGUGCGCAAGAUGCAUUGUUAGAUGGGGAAUGGGAUGGUGGAGGUGGGUACGGAUGCAUUUCAUUUAUUUGGGUCCCUCCGGUUCCACCUGCUCUGAUUGGAUGGGACUGCUGAUCUGAGACUGUUCUCCUAGAAUACUGGUGUCUCUCGCAUAUAAUGAGUGGGAUGGAUUUGCUCAGAGACCUCAGCAGAUGCAGUUUAUGUUGGGUUUGUGGGUCAGAACAUCCCAGACAGUGGCACCAAUAGGCUGAGACUAUCCUUGCCCACUAUCUCCUGAUGUAUCAGAGACCCCCCAUGUGUGACAUUGGCACUUGAGCUGGGCCAGUCGGGCACGGAGGUGCCUUUUACCAGUGAGACCAAGUUGUGCUGGUGGGUUUGGAUCAGAUUAAGAAGAGUGUAAACCGCACCUCCAUUAAAACGUAUCCUUUAUUAUUUGGCUAUCAUAAAUAUAAGAUCAAGGACCGCAUCAUUGCCUGAUGCGUUUCAGACUACACUAGUCCUUAAUCAUGGGCUACAAUUAAGGACUAGUGUAGUCCAAAACGCGUCAGGAAAAUAUGUGUUCUUUGAUCUUAUAUUUAUGAUUUAUGAAUUUGAUUCAUGCAACUUUAAUUGUAACCAGCCCUCCUACACGGAAGCAUGUAAUAACAAAGAGGGGACUGAAGUAACAUGGCGCGGUUAGAGCGGUCUUUUUGCGUUUUUUGGUUUUGGAUCAGACUUACGAGCAGCAAAUAAUGUUUCCAUUCGACUCACCUUAAAUCACUUAUUUUAAUUUGUUUUAUCAAUGUUUGUGUGGGGGGAACAAAUGGCCCAAUUGCCAUGGUGACGGCCCUCAGGGGGUCAGUGGUACCUACUGAUCCAGUCUGUAUUAUAGAAGAGGGGCAUUUGUGAUUUGUAGUCAGUGGCACAGAGUGGCCCUUCCCCUGCCCCCCAUAAACCUUCAUGUUUGUGCCCUUGAACAAGUGGGUGCAGAGCCCCUGUAUAUAAUUAACCCUCCUUGUAUAAAUAACCCCUUUGUCCUCUGCUCAUGAGUCGUGCCCUGGGGCUCCGGAGAUCUUUAUUCUCCCCCCAUUCCCAUAUUUGCUGUUUAAUAAUAAACAGAUGUUGGAACAAGUUCAUACAGAGCCAUGAGCGGGGGCCCCUGGGAGACUGGGGGGUUUCAUUACACACGGACUUACUGCUCAGCUAUAGAUCCAAUGUGUCCUUUGUCCAGCAGAAUAUUUUAUAUUAUCCCUGUACUUUUAUACAGUAUGUGCUUCAGUUUUAUUCAGUCUCCAUAAAGUGACUUCUUGUAGAUCA